AGUGGCAGAGAUCCGUAUCUCUCCUGACAGAGCAGAGGCAAAGGAACUUGAUGUUUACCUGAGAACGGGCCGACUGGUUUUUCUCACAGCCAAGGGACAAAGGAGGAGGACCGUAACUUUUCUCCUUGGAAUCCCAGGUGAAAGACAUCAGUUAUUCUGAGUUCUAGACUACACCCGGUGAAUGGAGAGAUCCGUAAUUCUGAGUUCUAGACUACACCCGGUGAAUGGAGAGACCAGUUAUUCUGAGUUCUAGACUCCACCCGGUGAAUGGAGAGAUCAGUUAUUCUGAGUUCUAGACUACCGCAGAUGAAUGGAGAGAUCAGUUAUUCUGAGUUCUAGACUACCACAGAUGAAUGGAGAGAUCAGUUAUUCUGAGUUCUAGACUCCACCAGGUGAAUGGAGAGAUCAGUUAUUCUGAGUUCUAGACUACACCUGGUGAAUGGAGAAAUCAGUUAUUCUGAGUUCUAGACUACACCUGGUGAAUGGAGAAAUCAGUUAUUCUGAGUUCUAGACUACACCCGGUGAAUGGAGAGAUCCGUUAUUCUGAGUUCUAGACUACACCCGGUGAAUGGAGAGAUCAGUUAUUCUGAGUUCUAGACUCCACCCGGUGAAUGGAGAGAUCAGUUAUUCUGAGUUCUAGACUCCACCAGGUGAAUGGAGAGAUCAGUUAUUCUGAGUUCUAGACUCCACCAGGUGAAUGGAGAGAUCAGUUAUUCUGAGUUCUAGACUACACCUGGUGAAUGGAGAUAUCAGUUAUUCUGAGUUCUAGACUCCACCUGGUGAAUGGAGAGGAGAAUGUGACAGGGAGGUGGACGUGACGUUUCUAGAACUUCUGGAGUUAAUGUAAGAGGGUGCUGGAUAACUUAAUGGAAAUAAGGACUGGAAGUUUGACUGGAUUUCAUGGAGAUAACUCAGUGGCUCACCCAGUGGGUAACAGGGGGUUGUUCUACCUCUCCCAGAGCUGCUAAGCGCCCCGGACUGCGCCGAAGCAAAACGCGUAGUGUGACUGUUCUGAGAACGUCAUGUUUCGCUGCUCUCGGCGGUGCGCUCUUUUUCCUCCUUGGAGUGUGUUUGCUCAAUCUCCCGGACCCGCGACAGCAACCCUUCCCUCUGACGGAAGGUGAACCCAGAGAUGUCACCCUUCUGCUGUGGACGCACCCCUUCGGUCGUUACCGCAGACUGCCGGACUGUGAGGCGCGCUUUGGAAUCCGUGGGUGCGUACUGACCGACGACCGGCGCAUGUACCCUGGGGCUGACGCCAUCAUCAUGCACCACCGUGAGAUAACGACCAACGCCACGGCGCUCCCGUCUGACCCACGACCCCGUGGCCAGAAGUGGAUCUGGAUGAAUUUUGAGUCCCCGUCUCACACUCGUGGCCUGCGGCGGUUCGAGGGCGUGUUCAAUCUUACCAUGACCUACCGUGCAGAUUCAGACAUAUUCCUUCCUUACGGCUACCUGGUGCCCCGCCUUCGCCCUCACGCCAACGCCCCCCCACACACACGACCCAGACGGCCCCACCUACUGGCCUGGGUCAUCAGUAACUGGUCGGAGUCGCAGGCCCGCGUGGCGUAUUUCCGUCGGCUGGUUAACUACGUUGACGUGGAUGUGUUCGGGCGCGCAGGCGUGCCACUGCCAGAGGACAGCACUGUGGUGCGCACGGCGAGGCGUUACCUGUUUUAUCUGGCGUUGGAGAACUCCCAGCACCCCGACUACAUCACCGAGAAGCUCUGGAACUCCUUACUGGCCGGGGCCGUUCCUGUAGUUCUCGGGCCGCCGCGGGAAAACUACGAACGCUUCCUCCCCCCUGAGGCCUUUAUCCAUGUGGACGACUUCCCCUCUCCCCGCCUGCUCGCCCAAUACCUGUUGCUGCUACGCCGGAGCCCUGCCCUCCUGCAGAGACACCUGGCCUGGAGGAGGAGCUACAGCGUACACCUGACUGCCUUCUGGGCGGAGCAUUACUGCACAGCGUGUCGAGCCGUGCAGAACCACAGACUCCGGACGAACACCAUCACCAACCUUCAGCGCUGGUUUGAGUCCUGACCUCAGUGUGGAACCACAGACUCCGGACUGACACCAUCACCAACCUUUAGCGCUGGUUUGAGUCCUGACCUCAGUGUGGAACCACAGACUCCGGACUGACACCAUCACCAACCUUCAGCGCUGGUUUGAGUCCUGACCUCAGUGUGGAACCACAGACUCCGGACGGACACCAUCACCAACCUUCAGCGCUGGUUUGAGUCCUGACCUCAGUGUGGAACCACAGACUCCGGACUGACACCAUCACCAACCUUCAGCGCUGGUUUGAGUUCUGACCUCAGUGCGGAACCACAGACUCCGGACGAACACCAUCACCAACCUUCAGCGCUGGUUUGAGUCCUGACCUUUGACAGGUUUCUGACCUUCUGAUAUGUGAACAUGAGCAGGGACCCCAUAGCAACUGUCUUUAACGACAUCUAGCAAACCGUGGUUCACGGGAAUGAACGUUUUGUAACAUCAUUGAACUGUGAUUCACUUGGUCUGUUAGUUAUUUGUAUUUGACAGGGUUCAGUAGGGUUAUGAAGUCAGUUGUGUCAGACUGUAUAAGAAACAUAGAAAUUUUGCCUCGUGUGUGUGUGUGUGUGUGUCUGUGUGUGUGUGUUGUUUGACGUUUGACAUUCCUAAAACUAACGGACGGGGCAGUGGGAUGGGUUAAGCUCCCCCAGCUAACUCUCAUGGCCAUGCUAACCCCAGUAGCCUUGAUACUGCCCUGACAUGAUCAGCUGACCAGCUGCUACUUCUCCCGUCCCACUAGACAUGGGCCAAUCAAAGGAGAUUCCUGACACAAACACACCAGCAGCUACUUCCAGCACAAUAAUCCCCUCAUAAAUAUUGUCUAGGCUACUAUAUAUUUACAUGUAUUUCUUUCCUUACUUGUCUGGUGUCUGAUUUGAUUCAGUUGUUUCAGUCCAAGAUAUUUCAGUUUUAAAAGUUUUAGAGUUUAAAAAAAAAUAUAUAUAUAUUUUUUUCACUACAUGUGACAAUACUAAUGUAUACAAUUGUAAUAAAUUAAACUUGAUCUUGACUUGAUCUCGAAGCAAGUUUUGUCUCUAAACAAGUACAGUCGCUCUUAUAUAACGACAGGCAUAAUGGUGGUGGUACCUUGUCUUCAAACACAGGCCUGUAGUUGAUUAAGGCUGGCUCCUGAACCCUGCUGUGUCUCACGGUCUGGACUGUGGAACACUGGCUCUGGUAAUCCCCUCUGUGUGAUGAGUCUCUUUAAUCAUCUGUCUUUAUGUUUCCCGAGGAGGCUAGGAAGAGUCUGAAGGAGGCUAGGAAGAGUCUGAAGGAGGCUACAAUUUGAAAAAUAAGCCACAGGAGUUUUUUGAGUGAGAAUUAAGACGACUUUUGAGUAGUAAGACAAGUAUAAAAGCAACAGAUUCCAUUAAUAAGAAGGGG